AUGGCGAGCCCCUCUCAGCAAGCCAGCGGCACAUCCUCCAUAGAUCCAUAUCAACAACUUCAUUCGUACUCUUUCACAGAAGACCCGGAAUUCAAACUCGGCCUCGCCGUCAUACUCCGUCAGCCAGGAACGCCAGCGACUGAUGAGCAGGUCAACCGUACCGAUGACCUCGUCAUGAAAGCCAAAUGUUUCUACUUCUCCAGAAAACACUCCAUCCAGCCCCCUCUAGACCUCCUCGAAUACAAGGGCUGGCUACAAACGCACCCCGACGAGUCUGAAUCUCAACCCCAACCCCAGCCCCAGCCCCAAGACCAACAGCCCUCGGAGCCACCACAGUCCACGGCAGCGGACCCCUGUUCCUCAGCCUCCGAGCAGCAACCACUACCACCACAAACAACAACGACGACGACAACGACAGCAGUAACACCUGCAGGUGAAGAAGAGCCUGCUUAUCCUUCCUCUUUCGCACACAUCGUCGAACUGAUCACAACAGGCCAACCGAUCCCCGGAAUCCAACAGAUCCCAGAUACAAUAUUAACGGGGCAGCAAGGUCCCAGUACGGCUGCCCGGAGACGGAAGCCCUGGGAGAAACAAGGAGAGCCUGGCGUACAAGGGGAGGAAUGCAAGGCACCCGAAGAAGCCUCGAGGGGAGAAGGACAAUGUCAUGAGCAAGAGGCGAAAGACGAGACGAAUUCCCGAGUUCUUCCAGGUCUCUCCUCGGAGCCGCUCCAGAACCCAUGA